AUGGACCCUAUGGAACGGUUAUACGAAGUCUUACCCGGGGGAGACAUCGUCCACCCACCCCCAUUUCCAAAGCGGCCAGAUGUUUUUGUUCAGGCGCCACUAGCGCCAGCAUUGACCGAAGAUGAUGCAUUUCUUGCCCGUCGAUUCUGGCAGCAGCCCGACGAAUCCCUUGGACGUGCAUGGAAGGCCCAUGCCAAUCGACCUUAUACACGAGCAGCCGACGAAGAAGAAUCAGUGAUGCAUGCGUUAGCUCACAAUGUCUAUGAGCACCUGAUGAACAAUCCACUUCUGCCCGUCUCGCGCGAGGAUGCACGAGCCAGAUUCAGAGAAGAGGGCUUGAACGAGACAUACAACGGCGUGCAAGGGCUGGACGCAAUGAAACAAAAAGUCUUCGUACACGGUCUCAACGUCAGAGACCCGGAUCUUUGGACGAAAGAUGCACUCACAGAAGAACUGAAAUUGAGGGGUCUGAAGACAGAUGGGAGGAAAACAGACUUACAACGUCGUCUAUGGGAAUACGAAUGUGAUGAGCGCUUUGGGUUCUCGAAGCAAAGCAACCUGAGUCACUGGGGUAUCCAUCGCGAGCCAAGGCCUGUAAUGAACCCUGCUACGAAAACAGAUAUGUCUGCGCUUGAGAUGUAUACUGCGGCAAUUAAACUGAGCCCGUAUAAUCCAACUUACUGGAACAGCCGGGCGUAUUGCCAUUAUCUGCUAGGUCAUUUUGAUCUCGCCAUUGGGGACGCCUAUCGCGGAGAACUUCUCUGCGAAGUGCUAACCACGGCAACUCAAAGAAACAAACGCCCUGGGAUGUAUACCCGGGUAUGGGACGCCAUUCAGCAGCAUCUGAUGAUAGAAUUGAAGAUCAAGGGAGUCCCAAUGACAAGAGAGGUUCUGCAAAUGAGGAAGGCAAAUGGUGUCAACUAUUUUAUUCCCACUUUGAGGAACGCCCUUCACAGCAUCACCAGCCUCAGCCUCGCAGCACUGAAUUGUUGGGAUGAUUUCGAUGACCAUAUGCAGGGUCAACUCCAAAGACUUCUGCCAUACCGCGAUGCGGCAGUCCCCAAAAAGCGAAUGACAGUGAGCGCUCGUGUGAAAGACGAGAUCGCACAGAGGAGAGAAAAUCCCUCAGCGCUUCAUCCGUCUCUUUAUGGACACGAGUGGAGACGAGGAUGGAUUUCAGGUGCCGAUAAAUAUCCAUAUGAUCAAGCAGACGUGAGACGCGAAUCGCCAUAUUUCAUCACUGCACUCAAUGCAAAUAUUUUCACAGUGAAUCCCAGUGCCGGGAAAUCUCCCCAGCGGAUAUGCCAGGUGCAACCCCUCACAAAGGACAAUUCCUUCAAUGGGCUAGGGGUCUUUGCCACUGAAAACAUCAAAGCGGGAAGCAUGAUUCACUACGAGGAACCCGUUAUUCGCGGAAAUCUCAUCCCCAAUAGGCUGCUUGAUGAUGAAAGUGAGGACCCCCUGCAUGCCCCACGAUGCGACAACUGCCAAACAGUGAUUGACCCAGAAGAGGUUCGGCAUAUCGAGGACAACUGGGACUCCAUUCAUAAUCCGGCACCCGAUCCUGUAUGGGGACACCCGCCUGAUUGUGCUUGUCUUGAUAUGAUUUGCAAAUGCACGGAUGUAGGAUAUUUUAGAGCGACCAAGGGCGGUCUGUUGUUCUGUUCUUCCAAUGACGCCACAUCAGAAGGCGUGGCUCCCCAUUGCUUGGCCAUUGCGCGUGAAACAUACCAUUUCCCAGAGUUCUGUGGCCUCGACUGGGGCUGGUUACACGAUUCCAUGCGACCUAAUAAAGUGACGUGGGCGGGAUCGCAGUAUUUCACCCACACCAAUGAACGCCACGGGACUGUUUUGAGUCUGCUCUUGAAGAGCGUACUUGAAAUCACGCUCCACCGCCGGCAAGAAGACCCAAAUCUCCUCGCUCAUGAGAUUAAUGAACUCCUCGUUCUCGAGGCAGGUACCGACACGAAUGAGCCGUGGAAAGAUACCUGGUUUCCUUUCACCUUGGCCGGUAAUAUCCAGAUACCCUUUGAUAUUCUCUUCAACCUCGGAGUGGACAUCUUCUGUGACCUCUCGUUUGAUACUUGGGUCAUUCAGACCGUGUUGCGGAAGUUGCUAGUCAAUGCUGUACCUUGGGAACAUGCGCGACGAGGUGCGAAUCCAAUGUUCACAGACCGAGAUGGUCCCAAGCCGGUGCUGCAUCCAACCCUACAAAGUAGAAUGAAAGACAAGAACGAAAAUCUCUCGGCUAUGGAACCAUCCUUUGGGAACUUUUUCCUCUUCCCUGGGUUAAGUAUGUUCAAUCAUUCUUGUCGCCCUUUUGAGAACGCAUUGUGGGGAUACGAUGGCAAGGUCCCCAACCGCGUAGUCGUCUGGGCGAAUAAGGAUAUCAAAGCCGGGGAAGAGAUCCGAGUUCCGUAUCAACGUUAUAGAAUCGCUGACCCAGUUGGAGAAGACUUUGAUCUCAAUAUGCACGCUGUGCAGCUGUUCGGAAAGAAUUGCGAGUGUCCCAGAUGUCAAGGCAGAGGGUUUGUUCCUACUGUUGAUAAAGGGGAGGCCACCCCUGUCUCCAACAGCAAUGGUGCCGAGGACGAUGGCACUGUUGAUUGGACCCCGGGUCCAGUAACCAUUCCCCCCAAGCAGGAAUAUUGGAGCGGUGUUCUUGGACAGGAUAAUUCCGAGCUACAGGAUUAUUUGAGAGAGUAUCGGGAUAUUGUGGAUGAUAUUUAUGAUAGAUACUAUGAUCUCGAUGACCCAAACCCCCGGGAUGAGGAGGAAGACGAAGAGGAAAGAUCUGAUGGGGAUGAGGCAAAUGAUGUUGAGAUCAACGAUGUCAAGGCCGAGGGAGGGAAUAGGGAUGACAAUAGUACCAGAUCUACGAGCGACCAGUGGAAGUCUUGCGAAUCCUGA